AUUAUUUUCUUUAAUUUUUUUUUCUUUUUCAGAAUUCUCCUCGGUAGCCUUUUCCUCACCCUUUCCAGCUUAGUAGAAAAAAUGGACGCGAAUUUCCCGAUUCCAAUGGCAGUUGCCAAGAAAAACUGAAACCAAGCCCAUCUUCACUCACAAUUCACACACCAUUACACCAAACCCGCACACACAGAGGAAGAGAGAGCGAGAGAGAGAGAAGACAGAGGGAGAGAGUGUGCGUCUCUGCGCGCGCGCGCGCUUAGAUCUGAAGCAUUGAUUCGUCGGUGCAAACGGUUGAUGGAAAAUGGAAUUCAUAGACAACUUGCCGGCGAUGGAUCUGAUGCGCUCCGAGAAGAUGACCUUCGUUCAACUUAUAAUCCCCGUCGAGUCCGCUCACCGAGCCAUCUCCUAUCUCGGCCAACUGGGUCUUCUCCAAUUCCGAGACUUAAAUGCUGAUAAAAGCCCAUUCCAGCGAACAUUUGUUAAUCAGGUAAAAAGAUGUGGAGAGAUGUCAAGAAAGUUACGAUUUUUCAAAGAUCAAAUCACUAAAGCUGGUCUACUAUCAUCUGCUCGCCCUGUGAUGGAACCAGAUGUUGAGUUGGAGGAACUAGAGAUACAACUUGCUGAGCAUGAGCAUGAACUCAUCGAAAUGAAUUCUAAUAGUGAGAAACUACGCCAGACGUAUAACGAGCUGCUAGAAUUCAAGAUGGUAUUGCAAAAGGCAGGUGACUUCCUUGUCUCGAGUAAGAGUCAUGCAGUUGCAGAAGAGAGAGAAUUAGAUGAAAAUGUGUACUCCAAAGAUGACUAUGUUGAAACAGCAUCCUUACUUGAACAGGAUAUACGGCCAGGACCAUCAAAUCAAUCUGGUUUGAGAUUUAUUAGUGGGAUUAUCUCUAAAUCCAAAAUCCUUAGAUUUGAGAGGAUGUUGUUCCGUGCUACAAGAGGCAACAUGCUUUUCAAUCAGGCACCGGCUGAUGAGCAAAUCGUGGACCCUGCAUCUUCUGAAAUGGUUGAGAAAACAGUGUUUGUAGUCUUCUUCUCGGGGGAGCAGGCAAAAACAAAAAUACUGAAAAUUUGUGAAGCAUUUGGUGCAAAUUGCUAUCCUGUUCCUGAAGAUAUAACUAAACAGAGGCAAAUAACUCGAGAAGUUCUGUCGCGUCUUUCUGAAUUAGAAGCGACCUUGGAUGCUGGGAUGCUUCACCGAAAUAAGGCCCUUUCUUCCAUUGGAAUUCACCUUACUAAAUGGAUGAACAUGGUAAGGAGGGAGAAAGCUGUUUAUGACGCGUUAAACAUGCUGAAUUUUGAUGUUACAAAAAAAUGUCUUGUUGGGGAGGGCUGGUGCCCAAUAUUUGGAAAACCUCAGAUUCAGGAGGCACUACAGCGUGCAACCUUUGAUAGCAAUUCACAAGUCGGUAUAAUAUUUCAUGUGAUGGAGGCUGUGGAAUCACCUCCAACAUAUUUCAGAACCAACCGCUUCACGAGUGCAGUUCAAGAAAUUGUUGAUGCAUAUGGUGUUGCUAAAUAUCAGGAAGCAAAUCCUGCAGUCUACACUGCCAUUACAUUUCCAUUUCUUUUUGCCGUCAUGUUUGGGGAUUGGGGUCAUGGAAUAUGUUUGUUGUUGGGAGCAUUAGUCCUUAUAGCUCGGGAAAGCAAACUUAGUUCUCAGAAACUUGGCAGCUUUAUGGAAAUGCUCUUUGGUGGGCGUUACAUACUCCUUUUGAUGUCACUUUUUUCAAUUUACUGUGGGUUAAUCUACAAUGAAUUCUUCUCCGUUCCUUAUCACAUAUUUGGUGGAUCUGCUUACAAAUGCCGCGAUAGUACAUGCAGUGAUGCAUAUACGGUUGGUUUAAUCAAGUACCAAGAUCCAUAUCCAUUUGGUGUCGAUCCCAGCUGGCGUGGAAGUCGCUCAGAGCUGCCUUUCUUGAACUCUCUCAAAAUGAAGAUGUCAAUUUUGUUGGGUGUGGCCCAGAUGAACUUGGGGAUUUUAUUAAGUUAUUUUAAUGCUCGUUUCUUUGGCAGUUCACUGGAUAUUAGGUACCAGUUUGUGCCACAGUUGAUCUUUCUUAACAGCCUUUUUGGGUAUCUUUCACUUCUCAUUGUUGUCAAGUGGUGCACUGGUUCUCAGGCUGACCUCUAUCAUGUGAUGAUUUACAUGUUUUUGAGUCCCACUGAGGAUCUUGGUGAGAAUCAGUUAUUUUGGGGCCAGAGACCACUUCAGGCAUGCUCUCUACUCUCGCUGACUGCACACACACCAAUCUUUUCCUUUCAAUGUUCUUAUAUGUUAAUUAAUGAUAGGAUCUUGCAGAUCUUGUUGUUGCUCUUGGCACUUGUUGCAGUUCCAUGGAUGCUUUUUCCAAAGCCUUUUAUUUUGAAAAAGCUCCACUCAGAGAGAUUUCAAGGUCGUUCAUAUGGCAUCCUUCGCAACACAGAGAUAGAUCUUGAUGCAGAACCUGAUUCUGCACGGCAGCAUCAUGAGGAAUUUAAUUUCAGUGAAGUCUUUGUGCAUCAAAUGAUACAUUCAAUUGAGUUCGUCCUUGGUGCAGUUUCAAACACAGCAUCAUACCUCCGGCUCUGGGCUUUAAGCUUGGCUCACUCAGAAUUGUCAACUGUUUUCUAUGAGAAAGUACUCCUCCUUGCCUGGGGGUAUGACAACAUUGUCAUUCGCUUGGUGGGGCUGGCUGUCUUUGCCUUUGCAACUGCCUUCAUUUUACUUAUGAUGGAAACGUUAAGUGCCUUUCUUCAUGCUUUGCGUCUCCAUUGGGUGGAAUUUCAGAAUAAGUUCUACCAUGGCGAUGGCUACAAGUUCAGACCUUUUUCAUUUGCUUCAUUAAUGGAUGACGAAGAUUAGUCCUCUCUUCUUUCCAUUUUAUUUUUGAUAUUAUGGCGGAAAACAAGUACAAAGGGAAGCAGAAACAUCAAGCAAAUAGAAUCAGCCCCGAAUGGAAUCCACAGAAACCCAUUUGGCGGGUAGACAGAUUUUGGGAAGUAUUGGCCUUAACACAGUGCAGCUCGAUUUAACCUCCAUACAUAAAAUUCUGGUUCAGAUUCUUUGUAUAUGUUGGCAUAAAGGGGUUUGGCUUGCAGAUGUGUAAGCUCCCGUGAUUUUGUUAUCUUCAUUUUCAGUUUUUCCCCAUGGAAGGUGGAAGACUCGUUUGUUGUAAAGAGGAGCUGGUAUUCUUUACACAAUGCCCUUUCUCCGGAUGUUGGUGCUUUGGAGAGGUGGAGUUACAUAAAAAUCUCAGACAUACGCGCAUGAUUUUGCAGGGUCUGGGCUCUCUCUUCCCCUCACAUCCACCCUCCUCUCCCCCCCCCCCCUCCCGACCCACCUAAAAGUAGGUUUGUAAAAGUUGAAUCACAUUUUUACAGAUUCCCAUUUUUGUAGGGUUUUAUCAUUGAAAGUUUCCAAAUGAGUUAAUUUAUCUGCUAGCAUUAAGCGGAAUGAUCAA